GGCGUAUAUUGCCAUCGCUGCCAUCGCUGCCAUCGCGUCCAGAUAUUUCAGAGGGUAUCCAGAUUUGAGCUGUUUGACUCUUUCGUCUAAUACUAAGAAGCUGCACUUGGCCCACCCAAACAACACCCCUCAAAACCUCCUUUUACUGUCAGAUAACACGCGUGUAGGCCCCGCCCCACUCCCCUUGUUCUCCUCCCGUUUUCUGUUGUUUCUUUCCUACACAGACGAUGCCUGCCGCACGCGCAAAAAAAGACUCUAAUUCUGGCACACCUCCUUCCGACGACGGCAACCCAAAGGAACCCCCCGCCGAAAACAGCAAGAGCAAGAGAAAGCGGCAAUCUCAGAGCUGUGAUGCCUGCAGAGCACGCAAAGUGAGAUGCGCUCGAGAAAAUCCUGAUGAUCCGAAGCAAUCUUGCAAGCACUGUAUAGCAUUAGGCAUCCCCUGCACUUAUGAUUAUCAGCCAAAGAAAAGAGGUCCACCUAAUCUCUACCUGCGUCGCCUACAAGAGGCGGCUGCUGCUGCGGCUGCUGCUCAGCAAGAGAAUCCAAACGAAGAAUAUACAUCUGUCUCACCCAUAUCCGCUCACCAAACUCUUGCCAGCCCCACGCAGCCAAGUUUAUCUCCCUCGAUUCCAGGACAAGCUUCCUCUUCUUUUUUGGAGCCCUCAUUAACUCCUGUCUCUGCAUCACUCCCACCUUCUCGUUAUCCUAUUGCUGCUGACAUAUAUCAUUACCCACCUCUUGGUCCUCUCCCUUCCGCGUCCUACGGUGGCCCUCAUGGGUCAGAAUCAAAUGGCAAUUCACUGCUUUCACACCCGUCAACAAAAAACGAAGAUACACAGUCAUAUUCAUCUCCUGAGCCCUACGGUGCAUUCUCCGCUUACAACUGGUCAUACAAACAUCACCAACCGCUCCCUGUGCUUCCCCCAACGGCCAUACCUCCUCUGUCCUACUACUAUCGGCCACAUCGUUUGGAAGAUAUAGCACCUCGCGAUACUAUCUCACUGAUCAUAGCGCUGUUUUUUGAUUUUGUAUAUCCUCUGACACCAUGCAUUCACAAGCCGUCCUUCAUGGCUGACCUACACUCUCGAAGGGAGGAACGGGAUCCACUAUUUUUUGCUCUAGUUAUGUCCACUGUAGCGUCGACGUUGGUACAAGUACCGAGGUCAUAUCUUCCCAUGGAACGUUCUGUAGUCCGCAAAAUGGCACAAACCUGCUAUGAAGCAAGUCGACAUAUAUCUAUAGCGUCCUACGACCCUCCUACUUCCAUGCAUGUUGUCGUUCGUUACUUCGAUUGUGUCUAUCACUUCUGUGAAGGUCACGACGCUACACAGCACGCGGCGUUUGGCGAGGCUGCACAUAUCGCAGUGACCUUGCGUAUGCAUGAGGAGGCUUCGUAUGAAGGGCUAGAUCCUAUCGAAUGUGAAGUCCGACGAAGGACGUUCUGGUUAUUGUUCGGAGCGGAUAAGUCAAUGUCAAUAUUACUGGGACGUCCAAUUUGCCUUCGCGACGAAGAUUGCACAGUACAUUUUCCGAAAGAGCUGGACGACGAGUACAUCACCCCUAGCGCAUAUCUGCCGCAACCGCAUGGAAAAACUGCGCUAGUUUCUGGCUUGAACUAUAUCUCAAGGAUUUUUGCAUUGCUCGGUGAAAUCUUGGUUCGCAUCCGGGUUGACAAGCGCUCUCCUCCACAAGGGCAGUUUGCCACCGCGAGACUGGAGGAAGUCCAGUCUCUUCACUCGCGUAUCUUGGCAGCGUUGGUUCACACCCCUGAACCUCUGCGCUUGAAACAAACAAGACAACAUUCUAAUCUUUCCCCAGAUUAUGGUGGAGCUGGUUUCAGACAGGCCACUUUUGCAGAAGUCAAAGAUUUCUUUGAGAAUCCCAAAGCUUCACGCGCUAAUGCGCUUAACCCGUUCUUGGUUAUGCAGGCUAAUCUUUACGUGACUCAGCAACUUGUCCGAUUUGUCAUUGAACAAUACCGCGACGAGUUGAUUACGUCUUUGCAGGGCAACAUCGAUGAACACCAAGUAGCUGAAGACAGGGAAGCCGUUGCUAGCGACCUUCUCAAUAUUCUUCACAGUAUUCCCAUACAAUCCAUCGCUACGAACGGCCCGUCACUGGUCCACAAAGUGCGAUUCGUUGCAUCUACACUGCUUGAUGCAGUACGAAAGGCCGAGACGGCCCCAGCUUCAGCGGCCCGGGCUCAUGCCUUUUUAUGGGACUUCUUAUCCAUCCUUUCCGAAAUUGAACGGAACUAUCUGCUUGAUGAUGAUAGAGAUGGAACGUCUAGCGGCGAUGGCAUGCCUAUGGUCUAACUUUUUUCGUUGUAUAUUUAGCUGUGUUAUUAUCUUUCGACGACUUUCGAGUCUGUUGGGUUAUGUGCUCUCUUGCUGAUCAU